GAUUGAAGGACAGACCCUAGGAACAGAACUCAUUCUUAAUCUGGAGACUGCCUGUACUCACAACUCUGUGGCUGUUGCAUGACUUGCAGUUUACAUAGGUAAUAACAUGUCCUGGCAACUCUGAGGUUCUACUGUGAUCACAUAACCCUGGUCUGUCUCAUCUCCACCUCAUGAUUUAAACAGCUUUGUGUAAUACUUUUUGUCUUACAAAUGAAUCCAUUUUUCCUGAUAAGCCAAUACAGAACAAUGGUAUGUCAACUUUCAUUCCUCCCCUUUUCAGAGAGAUGUAUUCAUGUGACCUUGAUCAGUCACUGAUAGAUUUCUGAGGAAGGGUGAGAAAUAGAUAACACUGGCUACUCAUCAGUCAGUUGGAACCCUCAGAAUAUCUGCCCUUCCCUACUUGCUGCAGUGAGGGCAAUACAUUUCAUUAGCAAACCAGGAUAUCAAGGAGGCUAUCUCUAUUCUAGCAAAAUGUAAUAUUGAUACAUAAAUGGCUGCUUAUGUUAAGCAGUGCAAAUGAGCAAAACUUUAUGAAGAGAUGUUUUAAUGUACUCCUUUGGUUGAUGAAAAACUGGGUAGUUGAAGAGUAGAAUUUGCCAAAUCACCAAAAGCUGGACUCUCCUAACAUCAGAAUGUGUCAAGCAAUAACAGUGAAAUGUGCACUUGUUAUUUGUAACUAAGGCUCAUAUCAUAUAAACAACAAAUGCGGUGGUUACUGUUGGAACUGAAAAGGAGUCAUUCCCUGUAAUGAGCUGUUUGUGUGCAAUGACUUUCCAAUGCCAUAUCUCAUUGCCACACAGUUUGCUCUUCAGAAGUGCCAACAGGAUAAUUUCCUGAUGGAGUGGAGAAAAUGGCAGCAACCCAGUGAGAUGAGUGUCUCAAUUCAGAGAACAGCUACUUUCUUGAUUCUGUUUCCACUAAUCUCCACAAUUAUUAUUCAGGUGCUGGGAGGAAGAGCCAAACAUGGCAUUAAGCAAAGUGCUAGGAAGUAGGGUAAGGCUCUCUACAUCAUUCCCCUCCCUCCCCCCAUGCCCAUCCUCUUGAGUUAGUACCAGUACUUCCUUGUUACUGGCCUGAUGUUGCUGGUGGCUUCACUUAACCACCCUUGCCUGGUGAAUUACAGACCAUUCUUUGGGAAAGUACCAUGACUAAAUGAACAGCCAAAGACAACCCACUGUUUAGGUCAUCUGUUCCAGCAAAUAUAAUGUGGGACCAUGCCUUGCCCUGCUUGUGUGACUUACACUGAUGUCACUGUCCCUACAGCCCCACAGGCUGGUCACUGCAAAGUGCUGAAAGUCAGAAGCUAUGUGUGUCUGCACCACGUAAGUUAGUCUACCAAUGUCAGCUGUGGUUGAAGAUGUAUUUUCUGUCCCCAUGUUAAAAUAGAAGUUAGCUGCUGCUCCAGUCAACUUCCAUAAAGGAGAAUAUGGGUAUCUGUGCAUCAUUAAGGAAAAAAAAAAAAGGCUUUCCCAGUCUUGAAAGUAGAUUUUUAUGAUAACAAAGUGAGGAAUUCAGCUGGUGGCUGUCACUACCCCCUCAAAGAUAAGGGUGAAGACAGAUUAAAAGUAAACAGCCAUCACAUUCUAUAAAGACUUGGUGCUGUCCUGCUUUAUCCCAUUACUUCAUUUUAGCUUUUGGUUUACCUUGUUGUUGGAAUCAAACAUUGGCUUCUUGGCACAUCAGGAAGCUUGCUUAAGUGUCUUAUUAAACAGGAAGGAAUAGAUAAUCUUUUCUUUCACUUUUUCUGAAUGUGCUCUUUUAUGAUAGCGAGGAGUCAAAAGUGGAUAUACAUAAUGUGUUAAUAUCUACUAGCCUGCACCAUAGCUAUCAAUAGUCUCUAUGGCCCACUUGAUCAGGAAAAAAUGUAUCCCUUUUGUUUGGAGACAAAGUCUCUAUCUUCAUUUCCUCACUAAUGAUUGAUUGUGGAAUCUUCUGAAGCUUUUCUCUAUUGAAGUGAAAACAUCUCUUUGUACAUAAAUAUCUGUCACCAGGAGUUCAAGGAUUUUUUUUCAGUGUUUCACCUACUAGACUGCUUAUAUCUUAUCAGUCUGGUGAAUGCUAAAAGAAGGGGAAGAGUGCAAGUGAAGGAAAAUUUGAAAAACUGCCUAGAGCUUUGUCAGUUCUCACACCUACCAGAUUUCUACUUGACAAUUACCUUAUCUUGGCUAAUGCAGAGAUUGGAUGCAGUCCUUGGAGGACUUUCUGCAGAAUAACUCUGUUGCUUAGGUCUGAAGCUGGAACAAACUCUUAUGCUAUACAUUCAAAAGAUUUUCACUACAACCAGAUAAACGAGUUGGCAAUGUGUGGGUGUGAGUUUGGAUAACAACUGGAAUGGGAAAUGGAUCGUUAUUUUAAUGCUGCAACAACAAAUCAGGGAGCUCCCACGCCAUUGUAUGAAAAAAAGAUCAGCAUCAAACCAUGCAGAAAGUAUGUUUGUAUAAGUACAUACAGUAGAGACAAUCUUGGUGGAUCUCAAAAAGGCAUUUCUGGGGUAUUUGCACCAUUCCAGGACUGGCUCUGCACUUCUGUGAUCCCAUGCCAACCUCUCUCUUCAGCAGCUGAAUCAGUUUGCUUCUGGAUCAGCUAAGAAAGGACGGACAAAGACAUCUAUGGGAACAACAGCAGGGGGGAGGAGAACUAUUUCCAUCCUUUCUCCCAGCUGUGGAUCAGUUAGAGACACAGCUUCUAAACUUUGACUUUCCAAUAGUAAAGGUCUGGGAUUAUAAAAGGCUGAACUCCCCUGUGCUUUGAUGGAUUAUGAAGGCUGAACGCAUUUACAUGCCACAUUUGAUCCCUACAUGAGGACUAAGAAGAAUUUGCGACCAUGAAGAGGGUUGCCAGAUUGAUUUUCCCACUUAUUCUUGUGCUGAUCUGUGAGGUGAAUGGACAGAGGCGUGUCAAGCCUCCAAAGAAGCGCCCAAGUCCUCCACUUCCUGAACCAGUUGAACCAACUGACUUUCCUCCACCUCUGCCCCCAGGACCCCCCUCAAUUUUCCCAGAUUGUCCCCGAGAAUGCUUCUGCCCCCCAGAUUUCCCUUCAGCUCUUUAUUGUGACAGCCGCAACCUGAGAAAAGUCCCAUUGAUCCCGCCCAGAGUCCACUACGUCUACCUACAGAACAAUUUCAUUGAUAAGCUCUCUGAAGAAUCUUUCAAGAAUGCUACAGGGCUGCGGUGGAUCAAUUUGGACAACAACCGCAUUGAUUCAGUGGGAUCACAAGUAUUACAGAAGUUGGAUAGCCUUGUCUUCCUGUACAUGGAAAAAAAUCACCUUAAGGAAGUGCCCAACAACCUGCCUCCCAGUCUUGAGCAACUUCGGCUGAGCAGAAAUCGGAUCUCCAAGAUCCCUGAAAAUGUAUUCAGCAAGUUAGAGCACCUCCUCCUUUUAGAUCUUCAUCAUAAUCAACUGGAUAAUGGAGACUUCAAAAAGAAUACUUUCAAGGGGCUCAAGAACCUUAUGCAGCUCAACCUGGCUCAUAACCGGCUAAGUAAGAUGCCACCUGGGGUUCCCAAAGCCAUUCACCAGCUCUUUCUUGAUGAGAAUCAAAUUGAUAAUAUCCCCAACAAUUACUUCAAAGAUUUCGCCAACCUGGCCUUCAUCAGGCUUAAUUCUAAUAAGCUGUCUGACAAAGGAUUGCCUAUGGACACUUUCAACAUCACCAAUUUGCUGGUCUUGCAUUUGGCCUACAACAAUCUCACCAGCAUCCCCUACAUCAGCCCCAAGCUGGAGCACCUCUACUUGAAUGACAAUUCAAUUGAAAAAAUCAAUGGGACCAAGAUAUGCCCCACUGCUUUGAUCUCUCUUCAUGAAGCAUCUUCAGAUCUUGAAAAUGCACCACGUCUUCGCUACCUGCGCCUUGACGGCAAUCUGCUGAAGCCGCCAAUCCCUUUGGACCUGAUGCUGUGUUUCCGACUCUUGCAGUCGGUUAUAUUUUAAGCCUUGCAGCAAUUGCCACUCCUUGGGACUUUGGCUUUGCGCAGUGACUUGAUUCCAGUCUAUGUUAGACAAGGGGAAUGUAUCUUGCCAUUUCCACCCAGGGCCUUGCCUUUCCUGCUCCACUCCUCUUCUUUCUUCUUUGGCUGCAGGAAGCUCUGUUCUCUGUGGAGCUCUCCAUUUUGUGGAGGCUUUGUUCCCCUAGAAGUGUUGCACAGAAUCCUUUGAGAUAUGUGCAGCCUCCACAGAACACUGAGGCGAUAUUGCAAUAUUGAUCUCUGCUAUACUGUCCUUUAAUCUAUAUAUUAAAGAGAGAGAGAAGGAACCCUGCAUAAAAAUGCAUCUAGCAUGCAGCAUUUCUUUUACUGCCUUGCUGUCUUAGAGCUUCAGAGAGAGUUACUGGUUUUCCAACAUCACCAAGCAUACAAAAUAAGUUAGAUUUAUUAUUAGAGGAAGGAAGGCAAUAUAAUUUCAUUUAAGCAGAUACAGUGUUAAAGUGCCAUUGUCUAAUGAUGCUGAAUGAACAGGUGAGGGGUAUUCAGACUUAAAGACAGCAAUCAAAAAGGCAGCUUCUGUAGCUUUAGCAAGUGUGACCAAAGCAUAAUGUACAUAGCAGGUUGCAUACUGUGGAGCUAAGGCAGUAUGUGGGAGGUGAAAUGAAGAGGGACAGAGAAUUUUUUCUCCUGUUAGUGCUCUUUGGGAAGGAAAGUUGAUGCAGUUUCACACCGUGGGAACGUAAUGAGCAACUAAACCCAGCAUGACCUUCAGGACUAGUGAUGACAUGCUCAGCAGCAGUAAGUUAAAGGACUGCUCCUUCUCCCCUUCACAAUUUAACUCCACAUAAUUUGGCUGCUGGAACUCAUAGGCAGUGCUAAAGAGGAACAAAGCAAGUCCAGUACUAGAGAGAAAUUGCCACAGAAUAGGGUGACAUACUUGAACAGGACAGAUCCAUUAUUAUCAUGAUGAUUUCAACGGUAUCUUCACAUCUGAUGUUUUUUUCCCCCAAAUUGCACCCAAGAUCAUGUCAUUAAUCAGUGGAGAAACCUGUACCUCUUCAGGGCCUGUACUGGCUUUCUGUGCAUGGUGAUUAGCAACCUUAGCAACAGUUGUCCAGACAUAAUGAAGGACGUUAUCCACCCCCCUCUGUUCCACAGUGAAAUGAGCUGCCCUCCCAGUAUAGUCAUGCAAGAGGAGGAUCAUUAAACCAAUAAAUAAAUGUUAAAUUGUACUUGAGAAAACUUUAGCCGUGGCUGGAACCACAGUACCCGUGGCUGAUAUGCUGUCUACAGUAGCAAAACAUGGCACACAUAUUUAAAAAUUAAUUGGUAUUUUUUACACAGAAUCUUGCAAGAUCACAGUGUUCGUGCAUGAGACCUGACAAGCAUUUAGUCAUUUUUAUUUUUAUUUUUUUCAUUUUUUAACUGGGGGGAUUGUGCAAAAUCAUAUGAUGGUACUGAAAAUGUUGUUGAUCUGUGAGCCAUAACAGUGUGCAAGUGACUUACACACAAAGUAAUCAAGAAGUAUUAGCAGACUCACCCUGUAUGGUGUACAGGGGCAAAACUCUCUGUUAUGGGAAAGCCAGAAAGGAACUAUUCAACACAGUCUUCCCAUUUCUUGUGCUAUUCUUUGUUUGUGUUAUAUUUUGAAUAUACAAAGAAUAAAGCAGUUCAGUAAGAAGCUACAAAGUA